GACGAGGCGGAGGCGAUAUACCGGCGGGCGCUGGCCGGGUACGAGAAGGCCCUCGGACCCGACCACACGUCCACUCUUAGCACCGUCAACAACCUGGGAAACCUCUAUAAGGCCCGAGGCAAGCUGGAUAAUACAGAGGCGAUAUAUCUACGGGCGCUGGCCGGGACCGAGAAGGCCCUCGGACCUGACCAUCCAAGCACUCGACUUGUUAUACGCAACUUAGAGAAGCUGCACCAUAGGUGGUAG